AUGUCGUCGCAAAUGGGCAAAGAUGGCACCUUCCAGCCCCCGCAGGCAAAACAGGCUCAGAGCAAGCCGGGUCUGGAGAAGGAGAUGGCGCCAUCCAGCGAGUCCACCAAGCUGGAAGGCAGCGAGGGCUUCGUCGAAUACACCGGCUCCAACAAGCUCAAGGACAAGAAGGUCCUGAUCACGGGCGGAGACUCCGGAAUUGGUCGGUCGGUCGCUGCAUUGAUGGCCCGCGAAGGGGCCGACAUCACCAUCGUAUACCUGCCCGAGGAACAGGAAGAUGCAGAACACACAAAGAAACUGGUCGAGAAGGAAGGGCGCAGUUGUCUCCUGGUCCCGGGCGACUUGCGGAAGAAUGAAACGUGCAAGAAGGCUGUGGAGGAACAUGUGAGCAAGUUCAAGCACAUCAACGUUCUCGUGAACAACGCAUCGAAGCAGUACAUGUGCAAGGAUCUGGCUGAGAUUGAUCUCGACAAAGUCGAGGACACCUUCCGCACCAACAUCUUGCAGAUGAUUGCCAUCACCAAAUAUGCACUCCCGCAUAUGUCCAAGGGAGAUUCGAUUAUCAACAACACAUCCGUCACCACCUUCCGCGGCUCCGGCACGAUGGUCGAUUACGCAUCAACCAAGGGAGCGAUCGUGGGCUUUACCCGGUCGCUGGCCCUGCAACUCAUGCCCAAGGGCAUUCGGGUCAACGCGGUCGCACCCGGCUCCGUAUACACCCCCAUCCAGAUUGACACAAGAGAUGCCGAGUCCAUGGAGGGCUGGGCGUCCGGCAAGCCGCUGGGCCGCCCGGGACAGCCCUCCGAGGUGGCGACGAGCUUUGUAUUCUUGGCUAGCAAGGAUGCGUCUUUCUAUUCGGGACAAGUUCUGCAUUGCUACCCUCUGGGAGAGUAG